GUUUCAUUUUUCUAUCCCUUGUAAAAAUAAGAGCAAAUGUAUAUUAAUACUGACAUCACAGUUAAAUUUUUUUCAAGCCCACAUAAAAAGUAUUGUACAAAUCACUCAAAACUGCAAAAUCUGGUUGUUUUUUCUCUCUUGUGCACUUGCAGCUUGAGCUGCCAUGUUCCAUAUCCCUUCAUAUUUAAGCAGCCAAUAUACAGUUUGGAAAGCAGUUCUAAAAGUGAAAAGCAUGCAGCCUAUCAGCUUCCAGGAAAGAAUAGCCUAAUCGUGUGAAUGAAAAUAACCCAAGUCCUCCUCUAAUCCCUGCCUAUCCCUUUUUUAUCUGUGGAUUCAGAGCAGGCGAAGCAGUUGGAGCUGUAAGCCUGAGAACCACCACAAUGUACCUGACGUUCCCUUAGACCUAUUCGGUGUUCUUUAAUUAAUUGUAGUUUAGUCUUGUAGAGUUUUAGGUGCUUGCAGAUAGGGGUAAACAUGAGCUGGCACUUUGUAACUGCUUUUUGCUUGGCUUUAGUUUUUCUUCCUCCUUUAAGCACUUCAUGUCCUACACAAUGCAGCUGCUUUUUUCACAAGUUAAGUGACGGAUCAAAAGCAAGGAGUGUGCUUUGUAAUGACCCAGAGAUCACCGUGAUUCCCCCAAAUUUCCCCUCUGACACAUCAAAGCUACGCAUAGAGAAGACGGCAAUCACACGCAUCGCCAGCAACAACUUUCACUACCUCAACAGUCUGGAGUUUCUCUGGAUGUCUUUCAAUUCCCUGAACUCACUUAAUGCAGGCAGUUUCCAGGGCCUCUACAACCUGGAUGAACUCAGGCUGGAUGGGAACUCCCUCACUUUCUUCCCCUGGGAAGCUCUGAUCGACAUGCCAAUUCUGAGGCUCCUCGACUUGCACAACAACAAGAUCUCUUCUAUCCCGGCCUCCGCCACCAUGUACAUUAGAAACAUCACCUACCUGGAUUUAUCCAGCAACAGUCUCACAACACUUCCGGCUGAAGCUCUAACAAUGUGGUUGAGCAUAAAGCCUUCCCAGGACUCGGAGUCCUCCAAACUAAUUCUAGGUCUUCAUGAUAACCCAUGGCUGUGUGAUUGCCGCCUCUACGACCUAGUGCAGUUUCAGAAGUCCCCCUCAUCGUCUGUGGCACUCAUUGACACCAGGCUGAGAUGUGCCGAUCCAGAGAGCCUAUCCGGGGUUUUCUUUACAGAAGCGGAGCUGCAGAGGUGCCAGGCCCCCAGGGUGCACACGGCUGUGGCUCGAGUUCGCAGCUCUCUGGGCAACAAUGUCCUGCUGCGCUGUGGCACUGUGGGCGUCCCCAUUCCAGAUCUGUCUUGGAGCCGUGCUGAUGGCAAGAAAAUGAAUGGCACGGUUCAGCAAGAGAUUUCAAAGGAAGGCAUCAUUUGGUCAAUUCUGAGUGUCCCUGCAGUCUCCUACAAGGAUUCUGGAAAGUAUGUUUGCAAAGCCACCAACUUUGUAGGCACUGCGGAUGCCAUCAUCUCCUUGGUGAUCACUGAUUCCAUUCGGUCAGAGGAAGCAGUCGCAGGCGUUGCUAAGAGAGGCACCAGGAAAAAGCCUGGCAGCAUGGGAAGAGCAGCGUACCAGGAAAAACUAAUCGCUAGAUAUGUUCCACCACCAACCAGUACUGCAGCCCAGCCCAUCAUUGAACCUCUAAAUGGCAAAGGAGUUACGGGGAGGUAUGAAAUUGAGAGCUACAGCAUUUCUGAAGGGAUUUCUCAAGGAAAAGACAAAGAUUCGUACCAUCAGAAGUCAGGGGAGGCGGUUCAAGAAGGUUUAGGUAACUUGGUGGCAAAUGCUUCGUCCCUACAACAAGUUCCUGAGAAGAGGGUGGUGCGUUCAGUGAAAGUGAUUGGGGACACGGAUCACACCGUCUCUUUAAACUGGCGUGCCCCCACAGCCACAAAUACCACUGAAUUCAGCAUCCUAUAUGCUGUUUUUGGUGAAAGAGACAUGCGUCGUAUUAAUGUGGGUGCUGGGAAGAACCGCAUCACCAUUGAAGGCCUUGUACCAAAGACAAAGUACAUAGCUUGCAUUUGCGUCAAAGGCUUGAUUCCGAAAAAGGAGCAGUGUGUAAUCUUCUCAACAGACGAGGCUGCCAGCGCCAGCGGCACUCAGAAGCUCAUCAAUGUGGUAGUGAUCACUGUGGCGUGCGUGAUUGCGGUCCCCCUGACUCUGAUUGUGUGCUGUGGGGCGAUAAAGAGACGCUGCCAAAAGAUGCUGGGGCAUCAGACAAAAGACAUACAGGACUCCUAUGUAACAUUUGAGACUCUUGGUCCUGGAGGGAAGCCUAAAGGGAUGGAGGGCGAAUAUCUAACCAGGCUAAACCCUGAUGAAUCCAACAGGCUCCUGUCAGCGAGGUCUAGUGUUGACUCAGAGGCAAUAGCGAGGACUGAAGGGCCACCUAAUGAGUACUUCUGUUAAAACAAAGAAGACAGUCUCAAGAAGAUGCACUUUGUCAUCAGGUGAUGUUUAUAGAAAAAGGGACUUAACUGCUCAGAGACUCAAAUGGACAAUUUUUUUAGGAGUUGCCUCUGUUGUCAAUGGACAAUGAGAUUAUUUCACAGCCUUGACAGGAACAAAAUCAGAAAUUUCUUUGACUGAAAACAGGAAGGAACGAUGAAAACAAAGAAGUGGUUUUAAUAUUGUGUUUAUAAAAAAUAUAUAUUUUUCAUGUUGCCUGAAAGCGAUGUUUUUUCCAAGAAAAUUGUCUUGAUGCCCUCAACUCUCAUAAACCUAGCCAGUAAUCUUUUUUCCUCUUGAAUGUAACUUCUGCUUUGUGUUAAAAUCUGAAAAUAUAAAAGAAAAAGAAUAGAGAACCAAUGUUCUUUUUAGUCCCAUUUGUAUGUCAGCAAGAUAUUAUGCCCAAUUGACUGUUGGUUCAGAAACCUAAAGAUACCAUGCAUUUUAUAAUAUGUACACAUUUGUAAUCUCAACUGCAUGCACAUAACAACUGAAAAUAAAUAUUUUUUAUAUUUAA